AUGAAUCUUACAUGGAAAUUAAUGCAAGAGUUGAAGCCUACCCUUCUCAUGGUGUUGGUGCAGGUUUCGUAUGCUUUUAGCAGUGUGCUUUACAAGCUCGCCAUAAAUGAUGGAAUGAGCCUUAGAGUACUCAGUGCCUACCGUCUCAUUUUCGGAGCUGCUUUCUCAUUUUCUCUUGCUCUUAUUUUCGAAAGGAAGAAGAGGCCAAAGUUGACGUGGAGGGUGGUUUUGAUGUCAUUUUUUUCCGGUCUAUUUGGAGGGAGUUUAUUCCUAAACCUUUUCUUCUUUGCUUUGGCUUUGGUAUCAACAACAUAUGCUUACGCUGUUUUUAAUCUGGUUCCUGCAACCACUUUUAUCCUCUCCAUCUUGUGCGGGUACGAAAACUUAAAUGCGCGAACCGCAGCAGGAAAGACUAAGGUGUUGGGAACGAUGCUGGGAAUUGGCGGGUCAAUGCUGUUGUCAUUUUUCAAAGGGAUGAAAAUUAAUAUUUGGAACUUUCACAUUAAGCUUUUGCAUAAAAAUGACAAUAGUGAUCAGCUAGGAACACGAACACCACAUGCAAACCCCAAAACAGAAUGGCUAGGUGUUUUAAGUGGUAUUGGAAGUUGCUUGAGUUUUUCAAUAUGGCUCAUCAUUCAGGCUAAGGUGAGUAAGGAAUAUCCAAGCCAUCACUCAGCUACAGCGUUGAUGGCCUUAAUGGGAGCAAUACAAGCCACAGCCUUUGCCCUCUGUGUUGAAAAAGAUUGGAGUCAAUGGAACUUGGGUUCUAGUAUUAGGCUUCUCACAGCACUUUUUUCGGGAACUGUGACCUCUGGAUUUGUGAUUAUUGCCACAACAUGGUGUGUACGGAAGAGAGGUCCAUUGUAUGCAUCUGUUUUCAACCCCCUUUCCCUUGUGCUCGUGGCUAUUGCUGCUUCCAUGUUAUUACAAGAGCACUUAUACGUAGGAAGUGUAAUUGGAGCAGUGCUAAUUGUGUGUGGUCUGUACAUGGUGCUGUGGGGUAAGAACAAAGAAAUGAAAACGGCAACUCACUUGGUGUCAUUAGACAACACCAAAGAAUUUGGAGUGAUCACUGACGUUGUUGUCGUGUCUACGACGGAGAAUAGUGAUCGUGAGAACAAUAGCCACGACAAUUGUAAGAGCAACAUUGUAACAAAUUAAAGGCUCAUUAUGAA